UUUUUUUGCUCUCGUUUUUCAUUCUUUUUUUUUUGAUUUUCAAUUAAUAUCCAUUCAUUGAAAAUAUUAACAGUGUUUGAGAGUUUGUGUUAUAUAUCACCAAGAUCAAGAAAAGUAAUCAAGAAAAUAGUCGUUUAGAAAUAUAAAAAAAUGGCCGAUUCUGAUGGAGAAGAAGUUAAUAAUAAUUCAAGUUCACAACAUGUAACAAUAAUCAAUAACAAUCAUAGCAAUAUUCAUAGGGAAUUAGCUAAAAAUGAAGAAUAUGAAAAAGCAUUGACAAAAUUUGAACAAGAAGAAGCUGAACAAAGAAAAAAUUUUGAAAAAAAAUUAACCGAUAAACGUACAAUGUUAAUUCAAACAACAAUGGAAGAAGAUUUACCAAAAAUUAAAGCACGUUGUGAAGCGGAAUCAUUUCGACAGAAAAAAAAUGUUGAUGAAGAAGUUGAAAAAUUAAUUAAAUCAAUGCGUGAACAAUUUGCUUUACAAGCCGAACAAAUGCGUACCGAAUUGGGUAGAAAAAUUGAACAAAUGAUACAAGCAAAAAAACAAAAAUUAGAACAAGAUAAACAACGUUUACAAGCAAUGUUAGAUAAUGAAUUAGAAACUAAACGUAAAUUAUUUGAAGCUGAAGUUGAACGUUUAAAUCGUGUUACAACUGUUACCAAUGAUGAUGUUGAUCGUCGUGAUUUUGUUAAAAAAAUUAUGGUAAAUUAUAAAAAUUUUCCGGAUCCAAAAAAUUUAGCUGAUGAAUCCGGUAUGAAACGUUAUCAAGUAACAAUUAAUAAACAAUCAAUUUGGGCUGGAAAAUUUUGUAUAAUAUAUCGUGCACAAUAUCAAUCACAAUCAUGUUAUGUUAAAAUUGUUGUUUUAACUGAUCGCAGUGUACGUUAUAAACAUCAUGUUAAUCAAUCAACAAAAAUACGUAGUUUUCUUUGCCGUACAACACCUGAACAACCAGAAUUACAACAUGAAGCAUUUGUUAGAGUAUAUGAUAUAUUUAUAACCGAUUUAAAAGUUUAUACAUUUAUGGAAGAAUGUGAUUCACAAAAUUUAAUGCAACGUGCACGUAAAGGUUUUAUUUCAAUGGAUGAAUUACGUAAACAAAUGUUUAUAAUAUUAUCAGCAUUAGAAUAUAUGCAUCAACGUGCAUUUGCACAUUUAAAAAUACGUGGUGAAAGUAUUAUAUUUGAUAAUAAUAAUAAUGUUAAACUUGCUGGUUUUGGUAAUGCUGCAACUUAUUUUGAUUCAAAUACAGAGAAAUUUUUACGUUUACCACCAUUUGAUUCAAAACAUCGUUUAUUGGAUAAUCAUUUUCCACCAGAAGUUUUUGAAGAACCAUUUGAUCCACAAUUAGCCGAUGUUUAUUCAUUUGGUUUAUUAAUCUAUAUGAUGACAAAUUUUGUUAGUAAUAAAAAAUUUACACGUGAAGAUUGGAGAUAUUGGACAAUAAUUAAAUUGGAUUCAAUAUCGGAUGAAAAAACUCGAUCAUUAAUACAUGCAACAACAAAUUUAAAUUUGCAAAAACGUAGUAAACUUUUUGAUAUUAGAAAAUUACCCUAUUUUACUCAAUAGUAAAUGCGGAAAACUUUAUUUAAUUU